UUUGGGUUGUAGUUUACAGGCAAAAAUGAUAAUUAUUUUGUUAUUUGUAUUUUUCCCAGUGAGUUAUUCAUUUGCUGAGCAUAACAAGGGCUUCUUGCUCACAGCACCCAGUACAUUUCUCUCUGGCUCAGUUGAGAAUGUUUGCGUAUCCCUUCACAACACAUCUAGUCCAGCUCAAGUCUCGCUUUCUCUGAUUGGAACAUUCAGUGGGCAAAUCCUGUCUAAAACUUCUUGGACCAUUAAUUCUGUGGGAUGUAUUGAGCUAGUGGUACCUGUAACAACAGAACAGCAAGGCAGACUCGUGGUACAUCUACAGUCAGCUGAUCCUGAUCUAACCUCUAACAGUGAAGUGACUGUUCAACUACAAGCUGAUCCUCUUGUAGUGCUUGUAUCUACUGACAAGCCUCUCUACAAGCCUGGACAACAAGUCAACUUCCGAGUUGUCACCCUCAAUCACAAACUGAAACCCUUCAAUGGCAAGAUCAGUAAAAUAUGGAUAGAGUCUCCUUCUGGGGUCAGAGUUGAGCAGUGGAGUCAAGUUGAGGUUAUUCAACAUGGACUUGUACAACUUCAAUUCACUUUGGACAAGGAGCCGUUUUUGGGAAAAUGGAAAAUCAAGGUUCAUCACAGUUUGUCCUUCACAGUAGAAAAAACAUUUGUAGUCAAAGAGUAUACUCCUGCAAUAUUUCAAGUUGACAUAAAACCUCCUAAAGAAAUUCUUCCAGACUCGCCUGUUGUUUCAUGGGAUAUAUGUGCCAAGUACAGUUAUGGAGAAGUACUUAAAGGAAAUGUUCGUGUUGAAAUCAAACUCCUGGGAUCAAGAGCCGCUGAUCAGCCUAAUAUAAACCAUGCUGUCAAGCUCAACAGCUACACUGGUUGUGUCCUGGUGACAAUGACUGGUGGUGAGCUCGGGUUGGCAGACCUGCUAGUGCGUCCCACAGCUGUGCAGCUCACUGCGAUUGUCACAGAGAUAGGUACUGCAGUCUCACACUCAGCGACUACACAGAGCCCUGUGUACGAUCAACCAUUCAGAUUGCUCUUCCAGUGUUCUCAGUACUUCAAGCCUGGCCUACCCUACAAGGGGAAUGUGAUGAUGAAGAGUAUGGACAGCAGUGCUAGACAUGCUGUAGGUGAGAACAUACAAGUUUGUGUCAAGGUGAGAUACCACAACCAGGUUAUGAGACUGCUCCACUGCUGGAACUACACCACAGACUUCAGCUCUCAAGUUGUGUUUGCUUUGCCUGAUAUUGACGAACCCUACAAUGUCCAAAUUAUCUCCCUUGUGGCGACAGCAAUGGACUACCCCACCAAGCUCUACCCUGGCUCUGCAGAAGUGAUGGUAUUGCAGCCAUCUGUCACAUUGAAUGUUAAGCCAUGGUUCUCUCCUAGCAGCUCAUACCUAGAUGUGUGGACUCGCACAACCCUCGCUUGUGGAACUACACACUCCAUAUCGGUAUACUACUCUGUAACCUCAUAUAACCAGACAACACCGCAGUUCUUCUAUCUGCUUGAGAGUCGAGGAGACCUAGUGAUGGUGGACUCGAUUGUGCCGGUGAAGGAGACGGUUGUGCACCAGAACGAUGUGAUUGCGCCACACGCCAGUCUGGUACGAGCCUGGCGUCUGCCUCUCAAUGUGUCCUGGGCUAUGGCGCCGACCAGCAGACUCACUGUGUACUACGUCAGAGGGAAUGGUGAGGUUGUGGCUGGCAGUACCAACCUGGUCAUAGAUCGGUGCUUCCAGAACAAGGUUAGAGUGAGAUGGAACGAGCCCCAGUUGAGGCCCAGACAGUUGGCGCAACUUCACAUCCGCGCCAGCCCUUACUCUGUGUGCGCCGUUACUGUGACUGAUAGACAGUUGAGUAACAACACCGAGACAACCGAUGUAUGGCAGGAGCUGAAGAGGUUUAGUUUGCCAAAGACAGCAAGAGAUAACAAGAAGUACUGUAUUAAUAAAGUGCCAAAAGAGGAAGAACUUCCUCCAACCUAUGAUUUGCGAAAAAAGCGCUCCAUGUUUGCGCCUCCCCGCGAUUUUGGAGAACAUGUGGAUGCUAUCACAGCCUUUGACGAUCUUGGCGUUGCAGUCGUGAGCAAUUUGGUGCUUGAAACCCGUCCGUGUACAAAGACUGUAUUUCCUGAUGAAUACUUCAGAAGUAACUGGAUGUAUAAUCUGAUUCCUCGACCCAUCGUUGCCAACAACAUGAUACUGGUGACCCAGCCUGAGUCAGUUUCUGGUCUGAGAGAAGACUCAGAACAGCCUCUGAUUAGAGAUCACUUCCCGGACACUUGGAUCUGGAGUCUUGCUUACACAGGGAUUGACGGGGAAGUGGUAGUGAACAGUUCUGUCCCUGAUUCUAUCACCUCCUGGGACACGACAGUAUCCUGUGUAUCAGAGAUACAUGGUCUAGGGAUGUCCCUACCUACCUCUGUCUCUGUCUUCCUCCCGUUCUUCGUUCACAUCGAAGCUCCUUACUCGAUCAGGAUGAAUGAGAAAGUCAUGAUCAAAAUCGUAGUUUAUAACUACAUGCAGCAUUCCUUGCCAGUGUUGUUGACCGUUUUGAAGAAUGACCACCUAGUGGUUAAGCCUGAUUGUGACACCCCAGUCACACUAUGUCUAUCCCCAGUUUCUCCACUCUCCACUCUUAUCUCUGUCAUUCCCAGAGUGGCUGGAAAUGUUAACAUGCUAGUUGAGGCUCAAGUUCAGAAUUUCCAGGGCUGUGACUCUCCUGACCUUCCUGCUAAAAGUGACACAGUGGUUAAACAGCUAACAAUCAAGCAUGAAGGAUAUCAAGAACAGAAGACCUACUCAGCUUUCAUCUGUCCUUCAGAGAACAAAGAAUCUUUGGUAUCCUGGAAUUUUACUCUUCCUCCAGAAGACAACCUAGUACCUGGUUCUGCCACAUUUCAGUUCAGCGUUGUUGCAGAUCUCUUAGGACCAGCACUGGAGAACUUGGAUGGUCUAUUACGUCUGCCAAUGGGGUGCGGAGAGCAGAAUUUGGCAAGAUUGGCUCCAAACUUGUAUGCUCUGAAAUACAUGAAAGCUAUUGGUAGUAACAAUGAGGCUCUUGUAGCUUCAGCUGUUAAGAACGUAAAAAAAGGUUACCAACGGCAGCUGAUCUUCCGUCGUACUGAUGGAUCCUUCUCAGCCUUCGGAGACAAAGACGAGACAGGCUCUCUGUGGCUGACUGCGGCCGUAGUCAAGACAUUGUCAGAGGCUCAGGAUGUUGUUGAGGUUGAUCAGGGCGUAUUACAAGACGCUGUAUCGUGGAUUACCCAGCAACAAUUAGAGAACGGCUGCUUCCUACCAGUUGGACAACUCUUCCAUGCUGAGAUUCAGGACGAAGGACCUGAUGACUCCACUACAAUUCUCUCGGCCCUGGUGCUGGCCAAUUUGGCUGGUUCUGCAGUAAGACUUGCGCCAGCCGUCAGGAACAAUGCUGAGUUUUGUCUCAAGUCAGCCUCAACUUCCUCCAAUCCACAGUUGCUGGCAUUGACCGUCCUGGCACUCUCUAGGUUUGGCUUCAACCAACUUGCGACGGAAACCCUUCAGAACCUCAAGAGACUCGUGGUCUCAGAAAUUGAUCUUGUUCAUUGGGGACAACCAGCCCUGGCCUUAAUUGCACCCAAGACCUCGGCGAAAGAUCUCCCCCCUGAGGGCUUGACCAGGAUUGCCUCCGUCCUGGGCUUUUUCGGAGCAGAGACCGAGCCGGGCCCAGUUUGGGCGACGCCAGUCGGCUGUGCCUUUACUGCCACAUUCUUUAUAGAGGCGACCUCUGCCCGCCUCGAUUGCCUCUUCUCCUUUCGGGAACAGCGUUUUUCCCACGCAGCCCCAAGUGUCUCUACAACUGAACCCUUUCGGGAACUUCCCCGAAGGGGGGUCGUAGGUAGCUGUGGCUGUUGGUUCUUUACAUUAGCUGCAGCUAUGUCCGAAAAGGAUCUGGGCGCAGCAGACAAUAUGUCCGUCUGA